GCACCGUACAUACCAUAUCCACCUCCAGUAGUCAAAGCACACUUGCAUCAACUCCUUUUCACUCCACUCACUUGCACUCAUAGACUGACUCCAGCAAUGGUUCUUGGAGCCUGGUUGAUGAGUCCAGCCUCCGUGCCAUGGAGCCUCCUGGCGUACGGUGUCCUGGGCCUGGUGCUCCUGUGGCAGGCCGGCCGCCUGCUGCACAGCCUGUGGUGGCGGCCGCGGCGUCUGGAGCUGGCGCUGCGCGCGCAGGGCCUCCGCGGCACGCGCUACCGCUUCCUCACCGGCGACCUCGGGGAGCACGGGCGGCUGAACAGGGAGGCCUGGGCGAGGCCGCUGCCGCUGCGGUGCCACGACAUCGCGCCGCGCGUCGCGCCGUUCCUCCACAACGCCGUCAGGGAGCACGGCAGCGCGUGCUUCACCUGGUUCGGCCCGACGCCGAAGGUGACAAUCACCGACCCCGACCUGGCCAAGGGCGUCCUGUCCAACAAGUUCGGCCACUUUGAGAAGCCCAAGUUCCCGACUCUGACGAAGCUGUUUUCGGAUAGCCUCGCCAACCACGAAGGCGAGAAGUGGGUCAAGCACAGGAGGAUCCUUAACCCGGCUUUCCAUCUCGAGAAACUCAAGCUCAUGCUUCCGGCAUUUUCUGCAUGCUGUGAGGAGCUGGUCAGUAAGUGGAUGGAGUCCCUUGGUUCUGACGGCUCGUACGAAGUGGAUGUCUGGCCGGAGAUGCAGAUCCUCACCGGAGAUGUCAUUUCUCGCACUGCAUUCGGAAGUAGCUAUCUUGAAGGAAGAAGGAUCUUCCAGCUGCAGGCCGAGCAAACUGAGCGUCUCCUGAAAUGCAUGCAGAAGAUUGUCAUUCCUGGUUACAUGUCCUUGCCUACUAAAAACAACCGGAAGAUGCAUCAAAUAAAGAAAGAGACCGAUUCGAUUUUACGGGGUCUAGUUGACAAAAGAAUGCAAGCUAUGAAAGAAGGUGAAUGCACCAAAGAUGAUCUACUGGGUUUGUUGCUUGAGUCAAACAUGAGACACACGGAAGAGGAUGGCCAAUCAAACCAUGGAUUGACAAUCGAGGAGGUCAUCGAGGAGUGCAAGUUGUUCUACUUCGCGGGAAUGGAGACAACGUCAGUGCUACUCACCUGGACUAUCCUGCUCCUAAGCAUGCACCCAGAGUGGCAAGACCGUGCAAGGGAAGAGAUCCUUGGACUAUUCGGGAAAAACAAACCUGAAUACGAAGGCCUGAGCCGCCUGAAAAUCGUGACAAUGAUCCUCUAUGAGGUUCUUCGGUUGUACCCACCAGCCGUAACCUUCACUCGAAAGACAUACAAGCAAAUGGAGAUCGGAGGUGUCACUUACCCGGCUGGUGUGAUUGUCGAGCUCCCGGUGUUACUCAUACACCAUGACCCAAACAUCUGGGGGAGUGAUGCCCACGAGUUUAAGCCAGAUAGGUUCGUUGAGGGGAUCUCCAAGGCAUCCAAGAAUCCGGGCGCGUUCCUCCCAUUCGGUUGGGGGCCACGUAUUUGCAUAGGUCAAAACUUCGCAUUGCUUGAGGCCAAGAUGGCAUUGUGUAUGAUCUUACAGUGCUUCAAGCUUGAGCUCAUGCCGUCGUAUACUCAUGCACCAUAUAGUAUGGUAACUUUACGCCCGAUGCAUGGUGCGCAGAUUAAGCUUAGAGCUAUAUGAUUAUUUCAGAUUCAUGUGUUUUAGUACAACAAUUGGUUACGAGGGCAUAUUUGUAAUUUACAACCAAAUUUGGAGUUAACUAUAAUAAAAUUUCUUAAGCUUAAUUUUUA